GGAGUGGCUUACGGAUCAGGUUAGGUACCCCCCUACAUACCUUACCUAGGUAAGCAUGUCAAGAUGAUACAAGAUGUACCCCAAAUCGUGCUUUAGUCGUCAAGUCCACAGUCCACUGUGCUGGCAAUUGAGCUUUCGCCGCCCGCCAUGUCGCGUCAAACAGCAUACCAAGCGCUCUAUCGCGUUACCGUAGCCUAUCUGCCAUUCGUGGUGGCUGCUAUGAUAAUCGCCGUCGCCUUUCAUCUGAAGAAGCAGUCAGACGCAGAACGACCUUUGAAAGGCUUCCCCCUUGUCGGUCUCGAAGAGGAGGGCCUAAGCCCGAAAGAAGCAUGGAUGAAGCACGGCCACAGGGUCAUGGUAAAGGGCCUGACAGAACAUAAGGGUGCCUUUCAAGUCAUGACUGGCACAGGUCCAAAGAUCAUGCUACCAAAUCGCUUCACGGAGGAGUUCCGAAAAAAUGACAUGGCAAACUUGAUCCAAACCCAAACUCGGGAUAAUUUUGCGGGCUGGCCUGGAUUCGACGGCAUGACGUUCCUUAGCAAGCAUGAGCGAGUCGUGGUCGACGCAGUCCGCAUCAACCUCACCCAGUCCAUGGGAGCUGUGACGGACUCUUUGGUCGAUGAAACGAGGCUGGCGACUCCGGAACUUUUCGGCCAGGAUAAGGAGUGGCAGACCAUCCCCAUCAAGUCACGGAUAGGUUCCUUCGUCUCUCGCCUUUCCUCGAGGGUCUUUCUUGGCCCCAAGCUCUGUCGCGAUUCGGAAUGGCUCGAGAUCGCACAGAGCCAUACUGUCAAUCUGUUCCAAGCAUCCAUGGCAAUGCGCGAGGGCCCCAGCCUACGGCGACUGCUAUCGUUUUGGUUCAACCCAUUGUAUAAGCGGCUUCGCAGCCAAGCUCACGCCGCACGUCGGAUAUUAAAGCCACUCAUCGAAACGCGCAAGGCGGAGGUGCGGAAGGCGCUUGCGGCGGGAGAGAAGCCCGAGAAGGUGGCAGAUUUGAUCGGUUGGAUGGUGGCUCAAGCGCAGGCGAGCGACAUCGACUAUGCGGCAGGCCAACUAGGCAUGAGCGUUGUUGGCAUUCACACAACGACCGAGGCUCUCGCAGAGGCUCUCGUCGACCUGUGCCAACACCCAUCGCUUUUCCAGCCUCUGCGGGAGGAGAUUGUGCGAGAGCUGAAAGAUCAGGGGUGGACACGCACGACCCUGCAUAGGAUGAGAUUGAUGGACAGUUUCCUCAAGGAGUCCCAGCGCCUGCACCCGGCUUCUGCAGCUUCGGUCAACCGGUACCUGUACGCAGAUGUGAAACUCUCGGACGGCACGGUACUGCCCAAGGGAUCUCGCAUCUGGAUUGCAGGGCGCUUCGACGACCCAGAACUGUACCCGGAGCCGGACAAGCUUGAUGCUUAUCGUUUUCUGAACUUGCGAUCCGAAGCCGGAAAGUCCAAUACUUGGCAACACACGUCGAUGACUCCCGAGCACCUGGGAUUUGGCUAUGGGGAUCACGGGUGUCCAGGGCGCUUCUUCGCGAGCAACGAGUUGAAGAUUGCACUCUCCUUCUUGUUGUUGAACUACGACUGGAAGUUGCCUGAUGUCCCAGACAACCAGACCUUUAUCCAUUUUGGGGUCGGUAAUCUACUGAGCCCCUUGUGUCGCCUGAGCUAUCGCCGGAGAAGUGCGGAAAUCGAACUGUAAUUCAUUGAUCAUUUCAUAAAGCGGUGGAGAGAUGAAAAGGGGCGGCGCUGGCUUAGAAUGCAUAUACGUUAGUUAGUUGGUCACUUUUUAAUUUCUAG